GAAGACGCUGUAACAUUUUUUUCUUUCUUUCUCCCGUAGAUUCAGCCACAAUAUGGCAACUCUUUUUAUAAGGAAAAUGGUUUCUGCUGUGAACCCUCUCCUACAUCUGAGUCGUUACACAAUGACAAAUUACACAACGACACACCGCGCGCUCUCCACGCUCCUGCUGGGUCCCCUGCGUGUUGCAGGCCGGGCAGGUGCAGAGCCCAGCGCAGCAGUGGCCUCUCCUCUCUCCUGCCAGCCCCUGCCCUUCCUGCAGCCGACUCUGGGGUUCAAGACCAAGGCCGUCCUCAAGAAGCGUUGCCGGGACUGUUACCGGGUGAAGAGGCGUGGGCGAUGGUACAUCUACUGCAAAACGCACCCAAGGCAUAAGCAGAGACAGAUGUAAAAAUAACAUGCAGGAUUGUGCCAUUUCCUUGGGUGACCUUAUCGAAGAAAAAUAAAAGUAAACGUUCUGUUUUCUGAGAUUGUU